CAGCUUCAUGAUGUCUUGAUUUAUGACCUGCACUUAAAAUGAAAGGUUCUUUCAAUCAGUUACAGAAUUUUUCAGAAUAAAAAUUAAUAAACUGAUCAGACACUUUUCAGUCCCAGCCCCCAGAAUGUUUAUUAGUACCAGGCGGCUAAGAAGAUGCCAGUCUCUGCAGGUUUUGGCAACUUGUUUUGUCAUGUCCUUAAUGUUAAUGUGGGUUCAGCAGGACAAUGUUGUUGUGAGCCACAUAAAGUCCCUCUCGUACCGAUACCUCAUUAAUAGCUAUGGCUUUGUAAAUGAAAGCCUGUCUGUCGUACGGGAUAAAUCCCACAGCUUCAAUUACUUGAUCAGCAACAAAGAUAAAUGCCGGAAUGAAAAUGUGCUCCUCCUACUCUUCAUAAAGACAUCGCCUGAGAACCGAAGAAGACGGGAUGCCAUCAGAAGGACCUGGGGUAAUGAGGACUACAUACGUUUUCAAUACAAUGCCAACAUUAAAGUUAUGUUUGCCGUUGGGGUAGAGAAAGAUCCUGCAAAACGUAGUCUGCUCCAAAGGAAACUUGAAAGUGAAAACAAAGUCUAUAAUGACUUGGUACAGCAAGACUUCCUGGACACGUUCCAUAAUUUAACCUUGAAGUUCCUUUUGCAGUUUGGAUGGAUGAAUGCAUACUGUCCCAAUGCAAAAUUUCUAAUGACUGCAGAUGAUGACAUUUUUGUGCAUACACCCAAUCUGAUUUCGUACUUGAAAGGGUUGGACCAAAUUGGGGUACGGGACUUCUGGAUUGGUAGAGUCCAUCGUGGGUCUCCACCCGUUAGGAACAAAAAUAGCAAGUAUUAUGUGUCUUAUGAAAUGUACCAGUGGGCCUCCUAUCCUGAUUAUACCGCAGGGGCUGCCUAUGUUGUUUCUCAGGACGUGGCAGCUAAAGUGUAUGAAGCCUCUCAAACGUUAAAUACCAGCAUGUACAUUGAUGAUGUUUUUAUGGGAAUUUGUGCCAAUAAAAUGGGAGUCGUGCCCCAAUAUCACCUAUUCUUUGCAGGGGAAGGAAAGGCCCCUUAUCACCAAUGCAUCUAUAACCGGAUGAUGACUUCCCAUGGACAUCUAGAUGAUGUCCAUUAUCUGUGGAAGCAAGCCACAGACCCAAAAAUAAAGGAGCUGACAUCUGGUUUUUGGGGUGAUGCUUACUGUAAAAUAGUGAACAUGAUGCUUCUUUGCAGAAUUCAAUACAAAGAUACAUACCCAUGUUCUGCAGCAUGGUCCUAAUACUUGAAUAAUGACAUUUUGACUAAAAUACUGUAUUUUUACGGCCAAUCUCACUAUUGAACUUCAAGCUGUAACACAGUUUUGUAUGUUUUGCGUUAUCUUCUGUGUUACGAUUCUGUGUCAUAUUCUUUAUGUGGUCUUCAUGCUGAUUAAGUUAAAGCAGUAGUCCGGUAGUGAAAAGUUAUCCUGUGUAUAGGGGAUAACUGUUAGAUCGUUGGGGGUCUUACUGUGGGACCUCCACCAAUCACAAGAACGGAGACCCUGGAUCCCUCAGGCCC